AUGUUGCUGAAGUUGGGAUUGAAUACUAGAGCUCCAUAUCAUCUUAUGAUAUAUUCAAUUGCGUUUGGAGGCUCUGCUUUCUACUCAUUCUUUGCCAGUCCAAUUGCUUUCAAAGUGUUGAAGAGAGAAGAAUUUGGGGUAUUGCAAAACAGCGUUUUUCCCUACUAUUUCUUGGGUCAGACCAUUGCACCUGGAUUAUUGGCAUUGACCACACCAUUGACAUUGUGCCCAUUUACUUCGACGUUAUUGGUGUUGUCCACUGUGUCUUCAGCCAUUAAUCUAUUCUACUUGUUGCCAGUUUGCAAGGAUAUCAAAGAGAAAAGGCUUAAAUUGAUUGAAGUAGGUUUGGACUCCAUUGAUGGAGAGCCAACUGAAGACUUCAAAAAGUUGACCAAACUGUUUGGAAUCCACCACGGUCUUUCAUUGUUGGCCAACUUCACGUCCAUCGUGACUCUUGGUGUCUACGGUUUGGUUUUGUCAAAGAGAUUGAUCUAG